AUGAUGGAGCAGGCGAGCGCGUGGCCGGCAGACAUUGACCUCGAGCACAUGUACCUCGAUGGCCGCAAGAAGCUCGAGCGCGUCGUGGCUAGCUCCAUGGACCUCGAGCACUGGACGAUGAUGCACAGCAAGCACGAUACGCGCGUAUACAAGCACAGCAGCAACAGCGCCAACAAGCAAGUGGCCUUGCGCCUCGUGACAUCCGUCAACAUGCCCAUCGAGUAUACGCUCGAGCUACUUCGGCUGCUGGACUCGAACACCUUUCGCAGCACGAUGAAGGACCUCCACGGGAAGUCCUUCCUCGACGGCGAGGUCUUGCACGCGCACACGCGCCAUAACGACGCGGCCGAGUCGCUCACGCUCAAGUGGUGCGCCAUGAGCACGGGCAAAGCGUUUACAAAGCCGAAGGAGCUUCUCUUCUACGAAUACUGCGGUAUGCACCACUCGGAGAUGUAUGGACCCUCGGCCAUCGUCAUGUUUGAAUCGUACGACGGCGUCGGCGCGCAGUACGGUCUCCGCGCCAAGCCCGACAGCUACAAGCUCGCGUGGUUCGAGCCCAGCGCGUUUGUGAUUACGCCAUCGCCCGACGGCCACAAGUCGAUCGUGACGCUAACGCUUGCAUGCCGAAAAGCCGGCGGCAGCAACCUCGUGAGCACGGCGCUGACGAAGCUCACGACGCGGUUCGCGCAGGCGUACGCGCACCUCGGCGGCUGCGGCUCGACGCAGUCGCUCAUCGAGCGCUCCAACUACAUGCAGUCGUUCCACCGUACACCGUCGUCGGCGUCCCAUGCACGCAGCUUUGUCGACCAACCGGAACGCCGGCAAAGCGCCGACCGCCACAGUCCGGACCGCCGGCAAAGCGCCGACCGCCACAGCCCCGACCGCCGGCAAAGCGCCGAUCGCCAGAGCCCCGACCGCCCGGCCCACCGGUCCAGCGGCGGCAACCGUCACAGCCACGAGACCGCCCGCGGGUCGGGCCGGUCGGACAGCUCGGCGGACGACGUUUCUCGGCCGCACAAGAAGGCGUCCAAGCGGCAGACGUUUGUGAACGAGGACUUUGCCGAGAUUUGCCGCACCGCCAUGCAGAGCCUCGACUGCCCCAUGGCCGGUAUCCGCACCAAUUUGUUUGAGAUUGUCCAGUACGCGCCGACGGCCGACAUGAGUCGCAUGCCAAAGUCGCUCCCGACGUUUCGCCGCAUGGCGCAGACGGGCAAGCCCUGCGUCGUCCUCGACGUGCACUCGGACAAACGCAUCAGCGACGAGAAGCGGUCGAUCUCGCGCGUCCAGUUCUUUGUCGGCGUGCCCAUGGUGCUCGAGAGCGGCGAGUGCAUUGGUGACAUUUGCGUCGCAGACGUCAAGCCGCGCAAGGUCAUCGACUACACGCAGCUCGAGAUCCUCAAGGUCCUCGCGCAGUCGGCGACAGCGUACAUGACGAGCGCCGAGUACCUCGCCGAGACGACCGACCUUCCGCGCGACGAGGACGUCGGGGACCGCACGUAUACCAACACCAUGACGUCGUCGUCGUCAUCCUCGUCGUUCCACCGCCGGGCGUACGAGCACCCGGCCGAAGACAUUGCGAUCGAGAGUUUGGGCAUCAAAGAAGUGGCCUUUUAA